AUGCUGGCCCUGUGGUGGCUCUGCAUGGUCUACUCGUGCGCCGCCGGGUCGUGCGCCUCGGCCGCGCCGGGGCUGCUGCUGCUGGGCUCCGCGCCCCCCGCCCGGCGCGCCCACAGCCCGGCGGCGCUCUCCAAGCUGCUGCUGCUCCGCACGCCGGGCGCCAAGGGCCAGCUGAGCCCGGAGCAGGACAACGACGAGGACGAGGACGAGGGCGAGGGCGACGACGGGGCGGCCCCGGACUCUCCUAGCCCCAUCUCCAGCUUUCUCAACGGCUCCGGCACCAAGCGGCUGCCCCAGGCGGUGAUCAUCGGCGUGAAGAAGGGCGGCACCCGGGCGCUGCUCGAGUUCUUGCGGGUCCACCCGGACGUGCGGGCGGUGGGCGCCGAGCCCCACUUCUUCGACCGCAACUACGAGCGGGGACUCACCUGGUACAGAGAGCUGAUGCCAAGAACUCUGGAUGGGCAGAUCACCAUGGAGAAAACUCCCAGCUACUUUGUCACCAAGGAAGCCCCGGCUCGGAUCUCUGCCAUGUCGAAGGACACCAAGCUCAUUGUGGUAGUGAGGGACCCGGUCACCCGAGCCAUCUCUGACUACACGCAGACUCUCUCCAAGAAGCCGGACAUCCCCACCUUCGAGAGCCUGACCUUCAAAAACAGGACUACAGGCCUCAUUGACACCUCCUGGAGCGCCAUCCAGAUCGGCAUUUACGCCAAGCAUCUGGAAAACUGGCUCCUGUAUUUCCCCAUUGGGCAGAUCCUUUUUGUCAGCGGGGAGAGGCUCAUCAGUGACCCGGCCGGCGAGUUAGGCCGAGUGCAGGACUUCCUGGGCCUCAAGAGGAUCAUCACGGACAAACACUUCUACUUCAACAAAACCAAGGGUUUCCCCUGCCUGAAGAAGGCCGAAGGCAGCAGCAAGCCCCACUGCCUGGGCAAAACGAAAGGGCGGACCCACCCCAACAUCGACCAGAAGGUGGUGCAGAGGCUGCGAGAGUUCUACAGGCCUUUCAACAUGAAGUUCUACCAGAUGACUGGACAUGACUUUGGCUGGGAUUGAUGGCUAAUGUGGAAGCACUUGCCGGAGUUAAUCCUGUCAUUCAGCUUGCUUCUCCCUAUAUAUGUAGAUAGGUCUAUAUGUAAAAUGUACAGAAAUCUAUUUUAUAAUAAUUUAUUUUUAAUUCUUAAGCAAUUAAUUCACUAAGCUGCCUAACCACACUGUAGCCCAUAGCUGUGUUGUUGUUGUUCUUAACAUUCCACAGUGUUGAAUCCUGCUACGCUCUUCCUUUUUUGUUGCCUGGUUCAGUUUGUACUGGAAGGUGCUUCCAGGCAAUUUCCCAGGAGAAAUGUUAAUUUUUGUUUUAAAGGCAGGUGGGUCAGGGAGAAUGAGAAAAGCACAAUUUUGUUUUUUUCCUUUCCAAUACGGGUACUAGGCAUGUUGAAACACUUGUUGUGCAAGGCCCUUCAGGUAGCGCCUCUCUGUUCUCUUCCUAGGUCAAUCCACUUGCAGUUGAGUUUUUGUUGACUAUGAGAUGACAUAAGCUUUGCAAAGGGUUUUAUGGCACUCAAGCAUGUAGGCCCAGCUUCAGCAGCUGCCUUUUCAGGUGGGUGGGGCGUGUGGCCCAUGGGCAGGAGGAGACACUCCCCAGCCAUAUAGCCAUUGCUGCCUGAUUGCCAGUUUCAUUUGCCUUGGUGUCCAGAGCUUUUCCUCCUUGUAGUGCUGUUGCUACAAGGGGAGGGUUACUGCCUGAAUGUCUAUGGUUUCUCUUAUCUCCUCUCCUUUUUAAGCAGAUUUCCUGGGCUAAGAACUAUGCAUAUUUUGUCCAGCUUUAACUUGGUCUUGUUGAAAAAUGUGAAAUGCUUACUUGGGACAAUUCGAUGACACCCUUUUGUUUUGUUUUUGAGCUUGGUUUUCUCCAGGUGACUUUGAACAUAGGCCCAAAGCACAGUGCUGUGAAUUGACCACUGGUGCUGAGCUGAAAGUUUUUAAUGUGUUACUUGGUUUUAUGUGUGGUUGUGAGUGUAUAUGCAGGUAUGUGUGUGCACAAUUUAUGAGGCCCAUUGAGAGAAGCACUGAUGUUCACGCAGGCAUCAUCACCUGUCUAAACCUCACCAAAUCAUCCAACAGACUGACUGGGUUCAGACAACAUGAAAACCAAUGGUGGUUUAAAUAGUCAACGGUUUGUUAUUUAACCACCUGGGGGUUAUCAUGUUGUGUGGAGGGAUUUUUUAAACCAACAGUUGGUUAUUUGGCCGAAAUAACCCAUGCAAAGAACCUGCACUGUGCAGAGUUGGCUAUUUGAACCACUGUUGGUUAUCAUGUCGUGUGUUGGGCACCGUUGGUUAUUUCACCGGCCACCAUUGGUUGUUUUUGUUCGCUGCUAAGUCUCAAGGCAAGAGUGGUCAAAGUGGCAGCUGCCACUGUAGCCUAGCCAUCAGGAUAGUUUUUUGGCAGCAAGGGCUGAUGGGAUACUAGCGAAAGGACUGGGGGGGGGAGAAGGCGGGGGAUGAGUGAGUGAACUCAGUGUGGACCAAUAAUCAACUCAACGCUAAUACUAAUCCACACCACAGUUGGUUGUUAUCAUGUCGUCUGGGGAGUACCUCCUAGAUAAAUAACUGUUGAGUUCAUUUAUUACCCCACUGUUGACUAUUGUGUUGUCUGAACACAACCACUCUCAAAUCACCUAUUUUUCCAAUAAUACUGUCCUGGGGGUGAAAUGGUGCCCCCACCAUCACCCCAGUGCGUUCUCCACUGCCCCCAAACUUCAGUUAAAAGAACAAGACAAAAUGGCAUACCGUAGCAGCUAUGGUGUGCUAAAAUGGACAAAUUUAGCUUCUUUCCAAACAAGCUAAAUGUAACUCCUUUAGUGCUAUUGAGUGCUACAGAGGGGUUACCGCUAAAGUUUGCCAGCAAACCAGCAUUUUUUUCCUACCCAGUGCUGCCUAUGUGGAGGGGUGGUAUGGGUGCAAAAUGGCCCCUGGACCUCCCACAGUCGCCCACCCGUCCUAGAGUGUGCCACGUUUAUCUAGGCUGCCAAAGCAAAUUGUAUGCAAUCUAGUCACUUUUGUGGGAUGAGCCCAGAACAGAAUGACCCCGUUCAGAUGACACACUAAGCCACAGAGGUGAAGCAUUUUGUGCUAAACAUUAUAAAAUUAUGGUGUAGCGUGCUAUGUGAGCCAUGACUUAGCAUGGCAUGUGAGCCAUUCCUAACCAUGGUGGCUACAUAAUCACGAUUUAAACAUUGUCACUAACCAUUUGUUGCAAAAGGGCGCAUUGAGAGGGUUGGUUGUGAGCUGCCGUAGAAAUGGACCACACCUUUCUGUAUCCA